AUGAACGACGAGCCCCAAGUUGCAGGUAUCGAUGACCCGCUAAACGAUGGCGUGGAGCUCCUCGAGGUUGCCAAGAACCCAACAGGCUAUUCCAAGCUUGAGGCCGUGGACCGCGUCAAGGUUCGCAUUGACAGCUUAAACCAAGAACGUGCGGAACGCGUUGCCAGACGACGGGAGCCAGAUAGUACCCUCAAGCGACUACUGCACCGCAUUAUACCUUACGGAGGCAUUAUUUCGUCCGGCUGCAACCUUGCCAGCUCGUCGCUGGGUGCUGGAAUUCUUGCCCUGCCGUACGCCUUCAACAAGUCCGGACUGGCGAUGGCGUUGGUGUACCUUGUGGUGAUUGGCAUCCUGACCGUUUACUCCUUCACCCUGUUGGGCAUCGUUGGAAAGCGGACGGGGCUGCGGAACUAUGAGCAGAUUACAAAAUCCCUUAUGGGGACGGGCGCAGACUAUUUUUUAGCCCUCAACAUGUGGCUUAUCAGUUUUGGUGCUGAAGUCUCCUAUGUGAUCUCCAUGGGAGACAUUAUUGGUGCUUUCAUUAACAGCUCUCCCGAUGCCCCUGCGUACCUCAAAACCCUCUCCGGUCGUCGUCUGUUGACGAGUGCUGUGUGGAUUGUUUUAAUGCUGCCACUGUGCCUGCCGAAGGAGAUCAAUUCCCUGCGCCACAUCUCAGUCAUCGGGGUUCUCUUGGUGAUCUUCUUUGGGAUUUGCAUGGUUAUUCAUUCUGCACGCAACGGCCUUGCUCAUGGUAUUCGUGAUGACCUGGUUUACUUCCAGACAGGCAAUCAAGCAAUUCAGGGACUCUCCAUUUUUACCUUUGCCUUCCUGUGCCAGCUGAACGCGUAUGAGGUCUAUGGGGAAAUGUACAAGCCAAGUGUUGCCCGAUUUACAAAGAGCGCCGGACUUGGUGUAUUUCUCUGCUUCUCGCUUUACUUUUGCUCCGGGUUGUUUGGCUACCUGGAAUUUGGCCCGGCGCUGACAGGCACUGUCCUCGAGCGGUACAACCCGAUUGCGGAUAAAAUGAUGGGUGUGGCGUACGCUGGUCUUAUAUUGAAGCUUUGCGUUGGGUACGGGCUGCACAUGAUUCCCGUGCGGGAUGCAGUCUACCACGUGAUUCACGUUGAUGUGAAGACCAUAGAGUGGUGGAGGAACAGCCUCGUUUGUGGAUCCAUGGCAACGCUGUCACUCAUUGCGGGUCUCCUCAUUCCGAGCAUCACGAUUGUGUUUGGCCUGGUGGGAGGGUUUUCUGGCGGUUUCAUUGGCUUCAUCUUCCCCGCCCUGCUGUACAUGUACAGCGGCAACUGGACGCUGCAGUCGGUUGGGUACCUGCACUACUUUGGCACGUACCUUCUGCUGCUGGUUGGCGUGAUUGGUGUCGUGUUCGGGACCACGUUUGCCGUCUACGGGGAGAUUAUUGCCUGA